AUUCUUCGGUGCUUGCCUCCUAUGAAUUUCUUCCAAUCUGUCUUCUCCGACGAUCCGGACCCUUCUAGUCCGGAACCCCAAUCCCAAAACCCAGAAUCGAUUCCUCCAAACCCUAGUGCCACCAUCCCAGCCAUCGCUUCCGCAUGGACCUUCGGUAGCGGCUUGAUGAAAACCCUAGCCUCCAAGUCCGAGUCCGUCAUUGAGACCUACCGUCGUGAUCUAGAGGAGUUUAGCUCUGGGAUCAAGAAAGAAACAGCCGUGAUCCGGGAAGCAGCUGCCCGAGCCGUAAAGGACCUACCGACCUCCCUUGAAGCUGGUGCCGGCUUGGCUCAGGAGUCUCUCGAGUCGGUCGGCCAAGCCAUCGACGAUCUUGGUAGUACCGUCACCGAAAUUAUAGCUCAGGGUAAGGAUUCGAUGCUGGCCGUUGAUUAUUCUGAUACUGAUAGUGAUGUUACUGAUGCUAAUAUUAAUAAGAAAGUCAGUAGUAGGGAUGAUUUACAGUCUUUGAAACCUUAUACUAGACUUGAUGCACAAAUUCGUACGAUUCAAAGUGAUAUGAGCACGUAUUUGAAGGAUCCUGAGGACUUGGUCGAAUAUAAUGAAUGGAAAUCAGGGUUUAAACUUGAUGAAAAAGUGGGGGAGAUUGAUGAUAUUAUGAAUGGAAACGAUGGAGUGGUUGGGGAGAUAUAUAGAGAGAUUGUUCCUGCAAGAGUUGAUGAGGAUUCGUUUUGGAGUAGAUACUUUUAUAGGGCUUAUAAGAUUAAUAAGGCAGAAGAGGCGAGGGCUAAUCUUGUGAGGAAAGCAAUUUCAGGUGAGGAAGAUGAAGAAUUGAGUUGGGAUGUAGAUGAAGACGAUUAUGAAGAAAAUGCGGAAUCCGACUUGAAGAUUGAAGAGAAAGAAUCUGUUGAAGAUUCUGAAAAAGAAGGGAAGAAAUUAGACGAUGAGAAAGUGGAAUCAAGAAAGGGGAAUCAGACAGAAUUGGAAGUUGAUAACAUGGAAGCAAAAUCAGAUGUGAAAACUGCAUCUGAAGGGAAGACGGAUAGAGAUAGUGAUAUUUCAGUUGUUUCUAGCCAACCCUCGCCGGAGGAAGAUGGAUGGGAUGAGAUUGAAGAUAUAGGCAGCAGUGAUGAAAGCAAGGAUAAGGUGGUUUCUCAUGGCAGUCCAAAGAGGGCAGAGUUGCACAAGCGAUUGAGCGUUGCCCAGGAAGAAGAAGAAGAUCUUACAUGGGAUAUUGAAGAUGAUGAUGAGCCUGUUCAAGCAUGAAAUCCCACAAGUAUUUUCACGUUUGAUUUAUUAAUCACCCCAUCUUUCGGGGUAAUUUAUCUGGUAAGUACUUGGAUCAUGUUCCUUGGUUUCUUUGCUCUUCCUGUUUCUGAUGUACAUAAUGUGACUAUAUCUUUUAAAGAAGAAAUUGCAAUUUAUUGUCUCCCUUUUU